AUGUUAGAAUCACUUGUAGCCAAUAUUCUCAAUAAGACCCUCGGGGCUUAUGUGGAGAACUUCGAUCCAAACCAACUUAAUAUCGGUAUAUGGUCCGGAGACGUUACCUUGUCGAACUUGAAACUGAAGCCGGAAUCUUUAGACAAAUUGGACCUACCAAUCAAUUUAAAAUGUGGUCAUUUGGCUAAUUUAACAAUGCAAAUACCUUGGUCAAAUUUGAAAUCUAAACCAGUGAAAAUUCAAAUUGAAGAUUGUUAUAUAUUGGCUACAGCCAAAUUGCAAAAUUCCAAGGCCUAUGAAGAUGAAGAUGAUCGAUUACAGAGAAUCAAACGUCAGAAAUUGGAUAAUUUGGAAUUAUUAUCCUCUCAAUCAAACGAUUCCUUGGACGAAUCAGACCAAUUGAAGAAUCAAUCAUUCACCGAAUCUUUGAUUGCCAAGGUUAUAGACAAUCUACAAGUAACAAUCAAAAAUAUCCAUAUAAGAUAUGAAGAUUUCGACUGUUAUACGAAAACUCCCUAUGCAUUUGGUAUUACUCUUGAUGAAUUAUCUGCUUCAAGUACUGAUGAAAAUUGGAUACCUAAUUUUAUCCAACAAAUCUCAACUCUUUCAAGGAAAUUGCUAUUAUUGAAAUCUUUAACUAUUUAUAUGGAUACUUCUUUGACUAAAAAUACCUCAAUUUGUUCUGAUGAUCAAUCUCAAAUGUUACAAAAUCUUAAAGAUUAUAUUCGAGUUGCAUCUUCUGAUGAUUCUCAAAUGGAAUAUCUAUUACAACCAAUUUCCGGAGAAGGUCAUUUAACUUUGAAUAAAUUGGGCUCAACACAAGAAAUUCCUCAUUAUCAAUUAGAUUUAUUUUUUGAUCAAUUCAGGAUCAAUCUUAAUAGGUCACAAUAUUUCAAUUUGUUGGAUACAAUAACUGAAAUGAAUUAUUAUAUGAAGACCCUCAAAUUUAAGAAAAAUGCUCCUACUUGUACAAUAGAUGAAGAUCCUUAUAAAUGGUUGAAAUAUUCCUUCCAAACUGUAUUCGAUGAAAUACAUGAAAGAAAUUAUAAGAAAACAUGGAGUUAUAUGAAGAAAAGAAGGGAUCAAAGAAAAUUGUAUAUUCCAUUAUGGAAAAAAUAUUUAUAUGAUAAAAAUUCACUUACACCAGAUGAGAGGCAAAAAAUGCUACAAUUGGAGGAUGAAUGUAGUUAUGAAGAUUUGAAAUUUUACAGAUCUUUGGCUAAACUUCAAUAUAAGAAGGAAUACAAUUCUUUACCCAAAUCUUCAAAACAGGAAAAUAAAGGAUGGUUUUCCUCAUGGUGGAGUGGUAAUAAUGAUUCUAAUGUGAAAGCUAUGGAUAUAAAACCAUCGGAUGACACUAUUGAAAUCACGAAUGAACAGAUCAAUGAGUUUUAUGAUGCAAUUGAAUUCGAUGAAUCAAAAGUAUUGGCUGAUUCCUUGGAUAUUCCAAGAGAUCGAAUUCAACUUUCUGUUGAUUGUAGGCUAAAUACCGGAUCUUUUGUUUUACGCCAGUCCCGUUCAGAUGCUAACAUGGCAGAGUUUUUAUCCCGUGGUUGUCAUGUGGAUUUUCUUCAACGUAAGGAUUCCUAUUUUGUUGGAUUUAAGUUAAAUGCAUUUUCAGUAGUUGAUGGAGAUCCAAAUACCAUUUUUAAUCAAAUAAUCAAUGCAAAGAGGAAAGAUUUCAAUAUUAAUGAUCCAACAAUUGAAGAUGUUUUUAAAGAUGAACCUUUCUUUCAAAUUUCUUAUGAACAACAUCCAAUAAAUGAAAUUGCCGAUUCCGAGCUAAUUUUAAAGAUGGGAAGUGUUUCCAUUUUCCACAAUCGGAAAUUUAUUGAAUCUUUAAUGCACUUUUUCUGUCCACCAAGGGCACAUGUUGAUACCAUUGGUUCUCUAAUGAAUGCAGCAGAUUGUACCCUUCAAGAUUUCACCAAACAGACAAAGAUUGGUUUACAGUAUGCAUUUGAAGAACAUAAAACUAUGAAUGUAGUAUUGGAUGUCCAGUCUCCUUUGAUUAUGCUACCUGCCGACCCAACAAGUUGGGAGGCUCCAGUUGUAAUUAUUGAUGCCGGUCAUAUCGAUAUGGUAAGUGAUUUAAUAUCUUCUGAAAAAUAUGAAGAAAUCAGAAGUGAAAGGAAAGAUUCUUACACAGAGGAAGAUUGGAAGAAAAUGAAUACUUAUAUGUAUGAUAAGUAUAACGUUGGAUUACAUGACGCACAUAUUGUUGUUGGUCCGGAUAUUUAUACAACAACAAAGAUUUUACAUGACACUGAUAAUGAUUCUGGGUUAAUUUUGCAUGAUUUUAGUAUGAACCUAAUUUUUGAAGUUUCCAUCAUACCGUCAUUUUAUAGCCUACCGAAGAUAAAAAUGAGCGGAGAGAUUCCUGACCUAAGAGCACAAAUGAGUGAUUACCAAUAUAAGAUAUUAUUGGAUCUAACUGGAAACUUAAUGCCCGAUUUUUCAACUCCGGAUGAUGGUUCCACAAAUUCCUCCGUUGAUGAUUACAUGGAUGCAAAUUCUUUCUUCAAUGAAAGGUCUGAUGGUGAAACAUCGAUUUAUUUAGAAGAUUCAACAUUGUUGAAAGAUCUGAAGGAAACUUCACUUGCAGAAGGCAACAAUCCAGAUAGUGCUACAAAUCAAUCAAAUUCAAGCUUGAAGGAUUCACCUGCUUUGCAGCAGCACGAAAUUGAGUUUAAUUUCACUAUGAAACAUAUUGUACUUUCAUUGAAGAGAUGUUUGGAUAAAGAAACUAUGGAAUCCGAGAUUUUGGUGGAUAUUGUCGGUGAUGAACUAAAACUACAUUUCUACCAAACACAACGUGAGCUUCAUGUAGAUAUGUCUCUUGCCGAUUUGUAUGUUCGUGAUUAUAUUCAGACAUCAGAAAUCCCAGAAUUUAAGAGACUGAUUGGUGCUAAAAAUGAAAAUGAUUCAACUGAGAAUCUAUUCUCCCUAGCUUAUACGAGGACUUUAAGGUACGCUCAUUUUAAAGGUGAAGAAAUUGAAUGUUUUGAUCAGGAUAUUAAUAUUGAUGUGUCUGAUUUACAGUUUGUUAUAACUAGAAAAUCUUUGUUAACAUUAAUUAAUUAUUCACUAAAUACAUUCACUGAUGUUAACGCCCCGGAAAUUCCUUCUGAUAAAUUGAGACAUAAUAAUGAAGAAGAAAUUAAUGCGCCUGCUCAUAUAAAUAUCGAUUUAAAGUUGAAGAGUAUUAGCCUUUUACUCAAUGAUGAUGGGCUUAAAAUUGCAACUUUGGUUUUUGCCGAUGCUGAUGCCUCUCUUUUCUUACUACCCGAUAAGAUGAGAAUUAAUACCAAAAUCGGUGGUUUGAGUCUAGUUGACAAUGAUGUCCACGAUGGGUCAAAAUUAAUAAAUAUACAAGGUGACGAUUUGGCUGAUAUAUACUAUGAAACAUUUGAUCCAGAGAUAAAUGAUUUACCUUAUGACUCUCAAUUCAAGUUUGAAAGUAGAUCAUUGGUCGUAACUUUUAUUGAAGAUUCAUUUGCAAGAAUCUACAAUUUCUUAUACCAAUUCCAACGAAUGAAGUAUAUCUAUGAUUCGGCUAGAGAAGCUGCCCUUAAUCAAGCAAGCAAUGUGGAAUAUCCAAAUAAAAUGAAGUUUGACGUUCAUGUACGUGCACCAAUCUUUGUGUUUCCUAAACCCGUUGACCCUGUGAACGAAAAAUUUGAUACGAUUACAAUUAACUUAGGGGAAAUUCGUACCUCGAAUACUUUUACAGAGCACAAAGAUCAUGUCUUGAACCUAAUAAAUGCUGAUUUGUUUAAUACUAGAAUUACAACUAGUCUAAACAUAGCGGAUGAAGGAGUCCAAGAAUUAGAUAUAAUUGAUAGGUUUGAUAUUCACCUUAAUAUCGACUAUAGCGACAAGUCUACUGGUGAAAGAGCGGAUGUUCUUGUAACCGGUGGUUUACAAGGAAAUGAUAUGAAAUUGACAGAAUUACAAGCUUUUACUUUGAUUCAACUUUCACAAUCUCUACCCACGAUAUUUAAGCACGUGAAACUAGAUGAUGAGGAUUUAGAAGAUUUGGAGAUGGAUGCCCAUAAUGCCAACUUGCUAAUUUCUAAUGGUGCAUCACAAGAAAAAGUACAAGAAAAUAAACCUGGCAUGUUGAAGGGAAAAUUUGAUGCUAUGGAAGCAACAGAUGAUACUAUUCAGAGUUCCGGUUCUUCAGUAAACUUUAAGUUCCACAUUCCUGUUUUAAGUUUGACACUCUUUAACAAUACUUGUCAUACUUUGAAUAUUUCAGAUAGUGAAUUAAUGAGGUUUUCAUUAAAUGACAUGGGCAUUAUGCUUGAUAUUGCUAAAAAUGGUGAUUACACUUCAAAUCUACACAUUAAAUCGUUCACGAUUAGGGAUGUUAGACAACAAUGUAAAAACUUUUUCAAAGACAUCAUCCCCGAAGUUGAUGAUAAGGAAUAUCAGUUUUUAACUACAAUCAAUUCGAAUAAAGGUGUUACCACCGUUGACUUGAAUAUUGAUCAUCCUCGUAUUCUUCUAGCUAUGGAUUACAUAGUAGCUCUAAAGUCUUUUAUUGACUAUGCAACUUAUCAACCCAGAAACAUUGUUGAUCACUACAUGAAGCAACACCCAGCUAUUGAUGAAACCCUCUCAAUUACUCGUGAUGAAAAUGACAGAAACACAAUCAAUAAUAACAAUAAUGAGAACAGUACAACUAACUACCAUAUUAAGAUUAAUGAACCAUCAAUUGUUCUUCUAGCAGAUACAGAGAAGGAAGAUUCAGAGGCGGUGGUAUUCAAGUUAAAUAAACUUUUAGUCGAUGUUUCUGAAACAACAAAUGUUGACGCAUCAGGAAUCGGUAUGUUCUUAACCAGAAUGUCCACUGAUUCAUCACAGGAUCUAAGAAUACUAGAUGACUUUGCCUUUAAAUUCGUUAUGGAUUCCCGAGGUUCUUGUGAUACGGCGUUCUUAACGACUAUAGACGCUACCGUAGAGCCAUUAUUGUUGAGAUUGUCGUUACGUGAUAUUUAUUUGGCUAUUGAGAUCUUUAAUAAAGCUUCUAAGAUGUACAAUAGUAUUGGUCAGUUAUCAAUGAACGAUAACGAUGUUACCUCUAUUGCCGAAGAAAUAGGAAAAACCAUUAGUAAAUACGCCCCAUCCAUUAUCUCGUCAUUAUCUCGGAGAUCCAACGAGAUUUACAAGAAAUUAUCUGAUAAGAAACCAGAUGUCAUUGUUAAGGCUGAGCAUAUGAAUAUUGUAUUCGAAGGAUUCAGAAUGGUUUUAAUUGGUGAUGUUCAUGAGUUGCCCAUCUUAGAUUUUGAUGUUGAAUCUUUUGAAAUCACCGCCAAAAACUGGUCCACCGAUUUCGAAGCGGAUACGAGAAUUGAAACAUUGAUCAAUAUAUUUAACUACUCGUUAUCUCAAUGGGAGCCAAUGUUGGAGCCAUGGAUGUUUGCAAUUCACAUUGAGAGAAAUCAAGAUGGUAAAUUACACUCUAAUUUCGUUUCUAAGCAAACCGCGGAAUGGACUGUCACUACACGCUCAAUUGCUACAAUCUCUCAUUUUGCAAACUUGCUUACCGAAACUGGUGAAUUGAAACCACGUGGGGAAGAUUCUCCUUUCAGGAUAUCUAAUCAUACUGGAUAUGAUAUCAACGUUUGGAUAGAUGAAAACAAAGAUGAAAAAAGGCAACUGACAGUUAUUAGAAACGAAGAGACUAUUCCAUGGUCUUUUGAAGAUUGGAGAAAAAUUCGUGAGAGAUUAUCAAUCGAUUCUGAAUUAAAUUCGAUCGGUAUUGAAUUGGUUGAUUCUAUAUACAAGCCAUUGAGAAAUGUUUCUCUUAGAUGUGUUGGUGAAGAGGUUUUCACUUUGGAUCCUCCAGUUGGCAAUUAUCACAAUCGAAUUGUUACUGAGAUUACACUAGCUGAGGAUAAGGUUAAAGAAGUUAUAUUGAGAUCCACGAUAUCCAUAGAGAAUGAUACACCUACAGCCAUUUAUAUUGGAAUCGGAAGUAAUUAUGAUGGCAAUUUUGCCAUUGAUAGGCAGGUAGUCAUACCUGGUGGUGCGAGGAGGGCUUUACCGAUAGAUUAUGUUUACGGGGGAGCUUUGGUUGUCAGACCAGAUACAAGCAGUGAAAUAUUUGGUUGGUCAAAAGCAUUCACAAAAGAAAGCCACGAUAUUACGGAAUUCAACUGGAGGAAUAUUCGAGAGAACGAUUUAUUUUUGGAAUGUUCAGCAACAGAUCCAAAAAGGAAUAAUUCCUAUUUUUUUAAAGUGCAUUCUGAAUCACAUAAUGAUGUUUUGAACAAGUAUUAUCCUUGUAUGAAUGUGGUCAUUUCACCACCAUUUGUAUUUGAAAACCUGCUUCCUUAUGACAUUGAUUGGAAAGUAUUCCAAUUGAAGCAUGAGAAGUGGGGAAGUUUCCUGAAGAGAGGUACAAAAGUACCUGUGCAUGUGCUCAAUAUCAAUGAGACGUCAAUUCUAAAAAUCGAUGUUUUAGGAUCUAGCUUUGGCCCUUCUCAACCGGCGAUAAUAAAUUCAGCGAUUGCAGGUGUUUAUCCUGAUAAUGAGAUUAUUCUCAGGAAUCAUCAUACACAACUAAGUUUGAAACUAUUAUACUCCACAGAUGCGAGAUAUGGCACAAAAGUAUCCAUCUACUCUCCUUAUCUGUGGGUCAAUAAAACAGGCAAGGAUCUUCGUGUUGUUGAUAACGCACACUCGAUUUUGUGUCCAGGUCGAAAAGGUGACGUUGAAGGCGAAGAAUAUCCUGAGAUGUUUUCCUUUGAUUCUAAGAACGAUGUUUUGGGAUUUUUGAAAGGUAAUUUGGAGGCCAAUAGAAUUCAGCUCAAAAUUGAGGAUUCAAGGUUAAGUGAUAGCUUUAGUAUCGAUAAAAUUGGACAAUCAUUUGAAGUGAACGUUGGACUCAGUGAUAGGUAUUAUGAAGAUAACAUUGGAAUCCAUAUUACAGAAGGCACUGGUAUUUAUAAAAUUACCAAAGUAAUUGUUGCUUCUCCUAGAUAUAUUGUUAAGAAUGAUCUCAAGGUCCCAAUUAUUAUAGGUCUUGUUGGUAGUAAGGAGAAUAUGACCGUUCAGCCAGAAGAAAUAUGUCCGUUAUAUAAAACACCAGCACAGAACAAGAAAGAAAUGGUUAUUGGAUUCGAGGAGGUGCCAAACAGUAUGUCAGCAUCAUUUGUUAUAACUGAAAUAGGGGAAAUCUUUUUGAGAGUUAAGAAGAAAGAUUCAAACGCCCACCAACUAUUGAAGGUUAACAUAUCGACUGAUCACGCUACAGUUUUUGUUAAUAUUCUCGAUGCAGAAAACAAAUGGCCAUAUAUGAUCAAAAAUUAUACCAACGAAGAGUUUUUUAUUUUCCAACAGAAUCCUAAUAUCAGUAGCGAUGGCAGUAUAACAUCAGAUGUUCCAUUCACUCCGGUGCUUUACCGUGUUCCGGGAAAAAGUGUUAUGCCAUACGCCUGGGAUUUUCCUAGCGCAGAGAAUAAGGAACUGAUUGUGAAAUGCGGCGAUUAUCAAAGGUAUAUACGGUUGGAAGAAAUUGGAGAACAAGUUCCUAUAUUGAUCAAGGAGAAAAAUAUGGCUUUUGAUUUAAACGUUGUUGCGGAAGGUGUAGUGCAAUCUUUAAAUAUUACCGACUAUGAUUAUUCCAAGAGUAUGUACAAGUUGAAGAGUAAGAAAAAUAGCAAUUCGUCGAGUAUAUCGACGAGUACGUCCAAUAAAGAUGCUGAUUUUGAGGCUGUUGUUGACAAUGCAUCAGACUAUUAUACCAGUUUAAUAUUCAAUUUUGAAGGUGUAGGAAUAUCACUUGUUAAUACAGAGGGUAGGAUCCAGGAGUUAUGUUAUAUUACAAUACGUGGCAUUGAAUUUAGAUAUAAUGAAUCUGGUGUAUAUCAAACUCUUAGUAUGAAGAUGAAGUGGCUUCAAAUUGAUAAUCAAUUGACAAGGAAUGUUUUCCCCGUUGUAUUAUAUCCUACGGUGAUACCUAAAUCCAGCUUUGAGCUAAAUAACCAUCCUGUUUUUUCUGCAUCUAUAGCUAAAAUGAAAGAUGAUAAACAUGGCGUUACUUACAUAAAAUUUGCUACCGUCUUAUUGCAGGAAUUAUCGAUUAAGGUAGAUGAAGAUUUCCUGAUUGCACUACUUGAUUUUUCGAAAAUUCCAGGAGCAUCAUGGAACAAAGUUGAGGAAGAUGAAUUGUGGGCUCAAAAUUUGGAUAUACCUGAACCACCUAGCAUUAGAACAACGGAUGACCUUUAUUUUGAGGGUUUGCAUUUACAACCACUACAGUUUAACAUAUCUUUUGUGCGGACUGAGAACUCCAACCUGGUAUCUAAUGUGAUGUCGACACAAAAUAUUCUAUCGGUUGCUACUGAUGUGUUGACAAUGGCCAUCGGUAACAUUAACAAUGCACCGGUAAGACUAGCUGCCUUAUUAUUAGAAAAUAUUAGAGUACCAAUUCCGUAUCUCAUUAAGAAUAUUUGUGAUCAUUACACCCAAGCAUUUCUAUAUCAACUAUACAAAGUGCUAGGCAGUGCGGAUGUAUUAGGAAAUCCUGUGGGACUAUUCAAUAAUAUCAGCAGUGGUGUCAUGGAUAUUUUCUAUGAGCCAUACCAAGGUUAUAUAAUGACUGAUAGACCGGAAGAAUUAGGUAUUGGGUUAGCCAAGGGUGGAUUAAGUUUCCUUAAGAAAUCAGUUUUUGGUGUCAGUGAUUCUGUCUCACGGUUUACAAGUUCUAUGGCCAAGGGGUUGACUGUUGCAUCUAUGGAUAAAAAUUUCCAGGAGCAGAGGAGAUUAGCCAGACAAGGAAUUCAAAAUAAAAAUCAUCCCGUAAAUUCAUUAUCACUGGGCGCCACUUCAUUCAUCAGUGGUGUGUCAAGUGGUAUAACUGGAUUAGCUACUGCGCCGCUGGAAGGUGUUUACAAGGAAGGUGCCAGUGGAUUUUUCAAAGGAUUGGGAAAAGGUCUUUUGGGGUUACCAACAAAGACAGCAACUGGUGCUUUUGAUCUAGCAAAUAAUAUCAGUGAGAGUAUAAGGAACACUACAACUGCGUUUGACAAUGAUAAUAUCGAUAAAGUGAGGUUUCCUAGGUAUAUACCGUAUGAUGGGUCUAUUAUUCGGUAUCAAAAUAAGGAAAGUCAGGGACAGUAUUGGCUGAAAAAUUGCGACAAUGGCGAGUUUGAAAAUGAUCAUUAUGUGGCACAUUAUGUUUUUCCUGGCGGUGAAUAUGCUGUAAUUAUAAGCUUCCAAAGAAUAGUGCUGAUGAAUGUUUAUGAGUUAAAGGACCAAUGGAUGAUCCCAUAUGAUGGUAUCAAGGAUAUCACUUUAGAGAGAGGCGGAAUUCGGAUCAAAGAAUCGCAAUCGAAUUCGAGUGUUGUCAUUCCCUUGAGGAAUCCUGAGGAUAGAAAGUAUUUGUAUCGACAGAUAUCUAUUGCUGUCAAUGAAUUUAACAAGCGUAGCAUUGUGGAACUUUAA